AGUGUUGGCUGUCUUACAGCGCCUAUAAACUAGUGGCAAUUUCUGCACCCCAGCCUGCUCCCCUUUCAGUUUCUGAUCUCUAAGUCCAUGUGUCUAGGGCUGCCAGAAAGGAGGUAUCUGCGGUUCGUGCUGUUUGCAGGCGGCUUCACCUCUGGGCGUGGCGGAUGUGUGCGCCCCUCUGUCUCUCCCUCGUUAUUUCUCUCCUUGGCUGGAUUUCCCUAAAACCUCUGGAAGGGUCUCUAGUCUCUGGUCUCCCGCGCCGCCCCCUGGAUUGGAGACCACCGUCCCUGCUGUUCCCAGACCUGCCCCGCUUCAGGCGCUUUCCCGAGUCCUGGCCCCCCGCCCUGCUGGCCGCGUUCUGUGGUGGGUGCUCGCUGUCCGGGCGAGGAGCACGUCCCCAGCAUGGACCUGGUCGCCUUGCUGAAGUCUCACUUCCUCUGCCACCUCAUCUUCUGCUACGUCUUCAUUGCCUCGGGGCUCAUCAUCAACACCAUUCAGCUCUUCACGCUCCUUCUCUGGCCGGUUAACAAGCAGCUCUUCCGGAAGAUCAACUGCCGGCUGUCCUAUUGCGUCUCCAGCCAGCUGGUGAUGCUGCUGGAGUGGUGGUCAGGUACGGAGUGCGUCAUCUACACGGACCCCCGGGCCUACCCGAAGUACGGGAAGGAAAAUGCCAUUGUCGUUCUGAACCACAAGUUUGAAAUCGACUUCCUCUGCGGCUGGAGCCUGGCUGAGCGCUUUGGGGUCUUAGGGGGCUCCAAGGUCCUGGCCAAGAAGGAGCUGGCCUACGUCCCCAUCAUCGGCUGGAUGUGGUACUUCACCGAGAUGGUCUUCUGCACGCGCAAGUGGGAGCAGGACCGCAAGACCGUCUCCGAGAGCCUGCUGCAUCUGCGGGACUACCCCGAGAAGUACUUCUUCCUGAUUCACUGCGAGGGCACGCGGUUCACGGAGAAGAAACACCAGAUCAGCAUGCAGGUGGCCCAGGCCAAGGGGCUGCCCAGCCUCAAGCACCACCUGCUGCCUCGCACCAAAGGCUUCGCGGUGACCGUGAGGAGUUUGAGAAAUGUAGUUUCAGCUGUAUAUGACUGUACACUCAAUUUCAGAAACAAUGAAAAUCCAACCCUGCUGGGAGUCCUCAAUGGCAAGAAAUAUCAUGCAGAUUUAUACGUUAGGCGGAUUCCUCUAGAAGAAGUCCCGGAGGAGGAGGACAAGUGUGCGGCCUGGCUGCACAAACUCUACCAGGAGAAGGACGCCUUCCAGGAGGAGUACUCCCGCACGGGCACCUUCCCCGAGACACCCGUGGUGCCCCCGCGGCGGCCCUGGACGCUCGUCAACUGGCUCUUCUGGGCCUCGCUGCUCCUCUACCCCUUCUUCCGCUUUGUCGUCAACAUGGUCAGCAGCGGGUCCUCCCUGACGCUCGCCAGCUUCGUCCUCGUCUUCUUCGUGGCUUCCAUGGGGGUCCGAUGGAUGAUCGGCGUCACGGAAAUUGACAAGGGCUCUGCCUAUGGCAACAUGGACAGCAAGCAGAAACACAGCGACUGACCCGGGACAUGUCACCACCCGAAGGGGACCUUGGGGGGACUGGUGGACACCGCCGUCACCCUGGGCGGGACCCAGUGACGAAGCUGGGGGAGCCCCUGCUGGGGAGGCAGGGGCUGCGGUCUCAGCGUCAGGUCGGGGGGAGGAUGUCCUUCCAUCUUUCCCCCGCACGCUUUAGUGGGCUUCGGGUCUCGUUCUUUCCGUGUGUCUGUGUGCGUGCGUGUACGUGUGUGUUAACAACAUACGUGAGAGUGAGGCGUGCUGAGUGGGCUCAUUCCGAGGGUAUCUGAGGUGCGGGGGGAGGGCAGAAAUGGGGACCUCGGAGGGUGGGGGGCUCCCUGCCAUCCUCUGGUGCUGAGUUUUCUGUUAACCCUGGCUCGCUACAGAGUGAAAGACACUUUGGUAAGAUGACUAAAUUAUGCCUCCCAAAAAAACCAAAAAAUUAAAGUGUUUGGCUUCUC